CUACAAGUUAGUCGGACAGUUCUUCAGUGACGGACCAAGUUCCUUCUCAACUGUGAUUAAACUCUCGCGAGAUCGCGGCAGCUUCCUUUUCGCACGGAACCCCCUUCCAAGAUGUCUCUGGUCAUCCCUGAGAAGUUCCAGCACAUUCUUCGUGUUCUCAACACGAACAUCGAUGGCCGAAGGAAAAUCGCCUUCGCCAUCACGGCCAUCAAGGGUGUCGGCAGACGUUACGCUCAUGUGGUCCUGAGAAAAGCCGACAUCGACCUGAACAAAAGAGCGGGAGAACUGACGGAGGAGGAGGUGGAGCGGGUGGUGACCAUCAUGCAGAAUCCUCGCCAGUACAAAAUCCCAGACUGGUUUCUGAACAGGCAGAAAGACGUGAAGGAUGGAAAGUACAGUCAGGUCCUGGCCAACGGUCUGGACAACAAGCUGAGAGAAGAUCUGGAGAGGCUGAAGAAGAUCAGGGCUCACCGUGGACUCAGGCACUUCUGGGGUCUGCGUGUGCGCGGUCAGCACACCAAGACCACCGGCCGUCGUGGGCGCACUGUGGGCGUGUCCAAGAAGAAGUAACCUGCUGCUCCCCGCUGCUCUUUGGAUAAUAAAACACAUCAGUUCACACA